UCUAAAUCCUAAUCCAAGUCUUGGUCUGUGGAUGCUGAAUAGUGAUUUUCAAAACGUUUGCUAACAUUUUCAAUUAUUUACCAUAUUAAUAGAAUUUACCAACAGACUGGAGUCCUUGACAGGAUUAUGAAUGCAUACAGGAUGCAAAGAAAUGGACAGACACCCUGAGGUAGAUAUGCCAGUGGUCUGCAUGUGCAGGCAGUAAACUGAAGACAUUUGAGCGGUGAAUUACUUGGCAUUUGGAAACAACACUGUCCAUCUCGGGGGAGCAGAAUAACUCUCCAGUAUCUCGUCAUCAGCUUGCUGGAAGCAGGAGGGCUAUGUUCCUGGGACUCUGUAGUUUUUCUUGCCUUGUGCUCUGGUUUCUGGCUUUCAGGAAACUGCUGGGACACCAUGGCCUUGCAUCCUCCAAGUUCCUGUGGUGCUUGUGCCUCCUGGCUGUCAUGUCCCUUCCGCGGCAGGUGUGGACACUCCCCUACAAGAUAGGUGUGGUGGGCCCUUGGGCUUGUGAUUCACUGUUUUCAAAGGCCCUGCCUGAGGUUGCUGCGCAAUUAGCCAUUGAGCGAAUAAACCGGGACCCAUCUUUUGACCUGAGUCACUCUUUUGAAUAUGUGAUUCUCAAUGAAGACUGCCAGACUUCGAGGGCCCUCUCCAGUUUUAUUUCCUACCACCAGAUGGCCUCAGGAUUUAUUGGACCUACAAACCCUGGUUACUGUGAGGCAGUCUCGCUCCUGGGAAACAGCUGGGACAAAGGGAUUUUCUCUUGGUCCUGUGUGAAUUAUGAAUUAGACAAUAAAAAUACCUACCCGACAUUUUCUCGGAUACUCCCUUCUCCCAUCCGGGUGCUUGUAACUGUUAUGAAAUAUUUCCAGUGGGCUCAUGCUGGAGUCAUUUCCUCACAUGAAGAUAUUUGGGUGCAUACGGCUAAUCGAGUAGCAAGUGCUCUUCGGAGCCACGGCUUACCUGUAGGGGUCGUCCUGACCACAGGACAAGACAGCCAAAGCGUUCGUAAAGCCCUCCAGAGGAUUCACCAGGCAGACAGAAUUCGCAUAAUCAUCAUGUGUAUGCAUUCAGCUUUGAUUGGGGGAGAGACUCAGAUGCAUCUCUUGGAAUGCGCUCAUGAUCUGAAAAUGACUGAUGGAACCUACGUCUUUGUUCCCUAUGAUGCCCUGCUCUACAGUUUACCUUAUAAGCACACCCCCUACCAGGUCCUAAGGAACAACCCAAAGCUCCGGGAAGCCUAUGACGCAGUGUUGACCAUUACAGUGGAGUCCCAAGAAAAAACCUUCUAUCAAGCCUUUACAGAGGCAGCAGUAAGAGGUGAAAUUCCUGAGAAGUUGGAGUUCGAUCAAGUUUCACCGUUGUUUGGAACCAUCUACAAUUCAAUUUACUUUAUCGCAAAAGCCAUGAAUAAUGCUAUGAAAGAAAAUGGACAGGCUGGUGCUGCCAGCCUGGUUCAGCAUUCCAGAAACAUGCAGUUCUAUGGAUUCAACCAGUUGAUAAGGACAGAUUCAAAUGGAAAUGGAAUUUCAGAAUAUGUAAUCCUGGACACCAACCGGAAAGAAUGGGAACUCCAUAGCACCUACACAGUGGACAUGGAAACGGAGCUGCUACGUUUCAGAGGGACCCCUAUUCACUUCCCUGGUGGCAGGCCCCCUAGAGCAGAUGCAAAAUGCUGGUUUGCAGAAGGGAAGAUCUGCCAUGGAGGCAUCGACCCUGCCUUUGCCAUGGUGGUCUGCCUUACUUUGCUUAUAGCCCUGCUGUCUAUUAAUGGAUUUGCUUACUUUAUAAGGCGUCGUAUAAAUAAAAUCCAGUUGAUCAAAGGACCCAACAAAAUUCUACUGACUUUGGAGGAUGUAACGUUUAUCAAUCCCCACUUUGGCAGUAAGAGAGGAAGUCGUGCCAGUGUAAGCUUCCAGAUUACCUCAGAGGUCCAAAGUGGGAGGUCCCCAAGACUCUCCUUUUCUUCAGGGAGUCUAACUCCAGCUACCUAUGAAAACUCCAACAUAGCGAUUUAUGAGGGUGAUUGGGUGUGGCUGAAAAAGCUCCCCUCUGGAGAUUUUGGAGACGUUAAGUCCAUCAAAUCAAAUGCAAGUGAUGUGUUCGAAAUGAUGAAGGACUUGCGUCAUGAGAAUAUUAACCCUUUAUUGGGUUUCUUCUAUGAUUCGGGGAUGUUUGCCAUUGUGACAGAAUUCUGUUCCCGAGGGAGCCUAGAAGACAUACUGACAAAUCAAGAUGUGAAACUUGACUGGAUGUUUAAAUCAUCACUCCUGCUGGAUCUCAUCAAGGGCAUGAAGUACUUACACCACAGAGAGUUUGUUCAUGGGAGGCUAAAGUCUCGAAACUGUGUGGUAGAUGGGCGUUUUGUACUAAAAGUGACAGAUUAUGGCUUUAACGACAUCUUAGAAAUGCUGAGACUCUCUGAAGAGGAAUCUUCUGUAGAAGAGCUGCUGUGGACUGCCCCUGAACUGUUGAGAGUCCCAAGAGGCAGCAGGUUAGGUUCAUUUGCAGGAGAUGUCUAUAGCUUUGCCAUCAUCAUGCAAGAGGUGAUGAUCCGGGGUACCCCAUUCUGCAUGAUGGAUUUGCCUGCUCAAGAAAUCAUAAACAGACUUAAGAAGCCUCCUCCUGUGUACAGACCAGUAGUUCCUCCUGAGCAUGCCCCUGCAGAAUGUCUCCAGCUGAUGAAGCAGUGCUGGGCUGAGGCUGCAGAACAACGACCAACUUUUGAUGAAAUAUUUAACCAGUUUAAAACUUUCAAUAAAGGGAAGAAGACGAAUAUCAUUGACUCUAUGCUUCGGAUGUUGGAGCAAUAUUCUAGCAACUUGGAAGAUUUGAUUCGGGAGCGGACUGAAGAGCUAGAAAUUGAAAAACAGAAAACGGAAAAGCUUCUGACACAGAUGCUACCACCAUCAGUUGCUGAAUCUCUCAAAAAGGGCUGCACAGUUGAACCUGAGGGCUUUGACCUGGUCACCUUGUACUUCAGUGACAUAGUGGGCUUUACAACUAUUUCAGCCAUGAGUGAGCCCAUUGAGGUGGUGGAUCUUCUGAAUGACCUGUACACACUCUUUGAUGCGAUAAUUGGCAGUCAUGAUGUCUACAAGGUAGAGACCAUUGGAGAUGCUUACAUGGUGGCCUCAGGCCUCCCAAAGAGGAAUGGCAGUAGGCAUGCAGCUGAGAUUGCAAACAUGUCCUUAGAUAUCCUGAGCUCUGUGGGCACUUUCAAGAUGCGGCACAUGCCAGAGGUGCCAGUCCGAAUUCGAAUUGGCCUGCACUCAGGGCCGGUUGUUGCUGGAGUGGUGGGCCUCACCAUGCCCAGAUACUGCUUGUUUGGAGACACUGUGAACACAGCUUCUCGGAUGGAAUCAACAGGCUUACGGCAAAGGCACAGAGGAGACAUUCUGGCUGAUUGGGAAAAAAGGCUUCACAAAGCCCCUUCCUGUGCCCCCACCAGUGGGCAAAGAUGGGUUGGGCCAUGGCCUGCAACCAGUGGAGAUUGCAGCCUUCCAAAGAAGAAAAGCAGAAAGACAGUUGGUGAGAAACAAGCCAUAAGGAGCAAAGGGCUCCAAGAUUUGAAUCUUCUUUUGGUGAGGCAAUGGAAAAGCUCACUCCAGUUCAAUAAAUUGUUCUGCCUGGGCAAGAAAUUGUAAUUGAGAAUGACUACACCUCUGAGGACGACCUAAUUCUGGUGUGAGCAGGACGCUGGGAAGUAACUUUCAAAAGUUUUGCUCAGUACCCAGCUAUCACCAGCAAGGCCGUAUGAAUGUAAACUGCAAUAGAUGUGAACCUGAAGGAAGAGUAGAGAGCCACCUCCAAGUUUAGUCAUUCCAAAAUAGCAAGCCCAAGUCGGAUUAAGAUGCGAAGCUCUCUAUUUUCAAGAAAAAAAGUAGGAGGCACUAUGUUUUCUUUUUUAUUUCGUUUGAAUCUCUAGGAAGUAUUUAAUGAACAUAAUUUAUAACUCAUAUACUAUGAGAUUAGUGCCAGGAAAAAAAAUCUUCCAGCAAAGUUACAUCUGAAUCCCAGUCUACUGUGACCUCAGCUGGCUGGAACGCAUAAGGAAGAAGGAAGGAGAAGAGCCUGGUUAAUUGUGUUGUUUAGGUAACUGAAGGCUAAGAAGUUUCUUUGUUUUCUUACUGCUCGUUUUUCAAAAUCUUUCCAAAACUGUCAUGGUCUCUUUUCCUAAGUUAGGCAACAUAAUUGGAUUGUCCCUGCUAGAUGAGUAUUUCACUGGGACUCACGGUAGUAUUCUGAACAUGACAGAAUAAAUGUUAAGAGAUAUUGUCUGGGCAAAAUACAUAAAAAUCAUAGAAUUGAGUGAUUCCCUUAAAGUUUUGUACUUUCCCUUCCUUUUCCUGCCCACUCUGACUUUCAACCCUCUACCCCUUCUAAAAUAAAUUCCUUUGAACAUUUGUUUUUACUUUAUGCUUUUAGUUUUCCAGGUUCCACUUUCAAGGGGUUAUUGGCAGUGGCUUGCCACAGUCACGUGGACCAAAGCAAUAAGGCUUAAGUCACAGGCAUGUUUAAAAUAGUUAAGCAAGCUUUUCCUCUUAUUUAUUAUAUAUAAAAAAACCUCUUUAUUAAAACAGCUGAACGCAAACAUAUCAGCCAGUAAAGCAGUUAAUUCUUUUUCUCAAAACCUUUUUAAAAGAAAUAAAUGCUUAAUGUAUAAUUUGAUACCUUUCUCACGAAUAUUUAAUUUUUCCACUAUCAACUCACCCUGAAUCUGAGCUUACAGUCAAAAGCUCUUCUCAGCAGUUUUCCUUCAACCUUCAGCCAAAGCCCCUUGGAAUACUUAUCUUUUAACAGAAUCCAACUUCUCCCAGCCUCAGGUGGUCUAUUUACUAUGCCAAAGCUGUUCAAGAGGAUGCAGAAAAGGUUUAAGUUGCCUUUCAACUUCCUUGAGCUGAGUUUCUAAUUCCUUUUUCCACACAUGUCAGAGAAGGAGAUAUAAAAUAUCAUACUCUAUUUUUUAUCAAGGUCUCAGUCAAAAGCUGAGCUUUUAAGACCUAACUUCUAGAGAGAGGCAAGACCCUAGGGAAAGUUUCAAAGAAAUAGGCCUUCACUUCUUCCAGAGAUGAUAACACUGUCCUGCAGUAUAAAUAUGGAAGGAGAAUUGAAGGCAAGGGAGUGGGAGUGGGGCUACAGCUCCAGAGCCUCCAUGAAUUUGUAUUCUCCCAAACACAGUUCAGUUCUUUAGUCCUAGGAGCUAUAGCUCCACGGUGGGCCUGAAAAAUGAACACUGCCUGGCCAAAACCUUUUAUUAAGCAACAGAACCCACUGAGAAUGAUUCCUAACUCCAUAUCUGAUCCUAUCCCCUAUUUCCCUCUCUAGUAUUUAUCUAGUCCAGUAUGCCAACGAAGUUUAUCUUGUCUAGCUUACUAAUUCUGUCUUGUUCAUGAUCACAUCUUCCUUUGCUUGAUUUUAUCAUGAGGCCCUUUGUAAAACCAUUCCAUCUAUCUUUAGAUUCUUUUUCAUUAAGGCCUUCGGCAUUGACCAAAACUAAAUUUUCUUCAAUUUUUCUUAGUGUUUUAAUUAUUUGGUCAGAAGAAAAACCAUUCCCUACUCUCAUGUACUAUUUGAUUUAUUUAGUGAGGUACAACCUGAUUCUCACAUACAACUGAUUAUUUCUCUAUUUGCCUGUUGCUACUAGCACACUGGCUUGGGUUGGUCAUUAAGAGGGAGCAAAAAUUUUUUCACAGUUGUUUUCCUAAUUAUCCUAUAUUCCUUGUAUAAAA